AAACAAGGAACAAACAAAACAAAGAGAAAAGAGGAGUCCUGGAAAAUCGACCGUAUUUUCUCACACAAACGGUACGAAGCGAACGUUUAGAGGUUCUCAGGACAGAGAGGUGUCUCGUGGUUUUUGUCGGAGCAGAAUCUGACUUAAGGAGAAUCGUAUUAGAGGAUCAGCUGCUUAUGAACUUCUUCUGACAUGGGAGCCCCAUAGAGGUUAUUAACAGAACUGGUUUGGGUUCGGUUUACUGGAAAAAGGCAAUCAUGUUAUCCAUCCCCAAUACCAGGAUGUGGAAUCUAGCAUCAAGUUAUCUUACAGGAAACAUCGGGAUGAAAAACGAGACGAGAAAAGUAGUGCAUCCAGCCUUGGAAUGUUCAGAUGACGAUGCGUCCUCUGUCGGUAGCGGGGACGAAGGUCUGGAAUGCCCCAUAUGCUGGGAAUCAUUCAACAUCGUCGAAAACGUUCCUUAUGUGCUAUGGUGUGGUCACACACUUUGCAAAAACUGCGUUCUAGGGCUUCAGUGGGCGGUUGUGAAGUUUCCUGCACACCCAGUUCAGCUUCCUCUCUUCAUUUCAUGCCCAUGGUGCAACCUCUUGUCUUUCCGACUCGUCUUUAGGGAAACACUCAAAUUCCCUCGCAAGAAUUACUUUGUGCUUUGGAUGGUUGAGAGGAUGAACGGUGAGAGGCUCAAGUCCAAUGCUGCUGCUGCUUCACGUGAUGAUUCUCAGCCGGGCUGGUCGUUUACCAGCAACUCGCCCAAUGGAAACCAUAUCAGGGAACCUCCACAUCGUCGUCAUCAUCAUCAACAUCACCAUCACCAUCAUGGGAAUCAGCACGAGCCAUCGGGAUCUGAUACCGGUCAUGGCAAUGCUGGGGACGGCAUCAUGCGCAUGGGGAGGAUACAGAAUUCACUGAGGAAGUCACUGGUAUUCUUUGUUCAUCUGACGGCUAAGUUCCCAUUGGUCAUCAUAUUCCUUCUGAUAGUCCUUUACGCCAUACCGACGAGUGCAGCCAUCUUGGCAUUGUACAUUCUCAUCACCCUCCUGUUGGCUCUCCCGUCGUUCCUCAUCCUCUACUUUGCGUACCCUUGUCUCGAUUGGCUCGUCAGAGAGAUCGUCACAUGACUUCUAAGCUUGAUUCCUCCACUGUGUCUCUGCAAUUCGCCGACUUGUCUGCUUCAACUGCUGUUCACUUAAUUGUAAGUGAAAUGCAUAUACGAUACAAAAGUUUAUCAGUCUUGUUUUAUAUAGUAGUAUAUGAUUGCUUAAGUUCGGAGACAUCUACCCUCUUGCUUGCCUUUUACUUGGGAACUCAAUAGUUAAUUAAUAAUAGAUUAUACAAUGGGUUUUAUA